AGCUUUGAACGUUGCGGAAUCGGCUCGUGAGAGAACGACGAACGACGAACGACGAGGAAACGAACGGGUGAAUGCAAUUCGACUGACUGACUGAUCGACAUGAACGAGGCCUGAAGUGUCUCGACCAGCAGCGGCACGGGACUCUCGGUGUGACCAGCUGUCGGUGGUGUCUGAAGGGCCGACGAGCAGGAUGGCGGGCGGGGCAUUGGCAGCUGCUCCCUCUGCUCUCUUCUCCUGGUCCCAGUGCAUGUCUCGGAGGACUACCGCCGGCAGCCGAAGUGGUCGAGAGCAUGCGUAUUUCGGAAAUAGUAGAAAAACCUCAGGACACGAGAUACGUGCUCUUUUUUGGGGACGGGAAAGAAAGAAGGAACUCCAACCCUUUCAGCGCGACUUGAGUUUGUCAGCAGAGGAGGCAACUACUGCAAACGUUGAGGUCUCUCGUGGAGCGACACAGGAUGAAUCAAAUGCUGCUGAUCUAUCAACUAUAACAGUCUCUGUCAUUUCAUCAAUCUCUCGGGUUUCGGCUGAGGAAUGGGACUCUUGUGCCACUGAUGCAUCUGGAGUUGAAGCCAUCAACCCAUUUGUUUUACACGACUUUCUUCUCAGCCUUGAGGAGAGCAAGAGUGCCUCACAGGAAGAAGGAUGGCUCGCACAACACCUCGUAGCACGAGAUGGUGUUGGAAAUGUGCUAGGAGUCGUUCCUCUUUACCUGAAAAGUCACUCCUACGGUGAAUAUGUUUUUGAUCACGCUUGGGCUAACGCAUACUUCCGCUACGGUGGAAACUACUACCCGAAGCUGCAGUCUUGUGUCCCCUUUACUCCUGCCACAGGACCUCGCAUACUUGUGCGAGCAGGGCCUUUUAGGGAGCAGGUCUUUGAUGGUCUUGCCAAGGCUAUGCAACAACUCACACAUCAAAUGAAAGCGUCGUCCAUUAAUGUUACUUUCCCAAGAGAGAAUGAAUGGGAGAGGAUGGGCAAGCUAGGUUAUCUCCAGCGGAUUGGAAUGCAAUACCACUGGGAAAAUCGCAAUUACAAAAGUUUUGAUGAUUUUUUGAUGGAUUUGAAGCAAGGCAAGAGAAAAAAUAUACGACAAGAACGAAAGAAGAUACAAGUUCAAAACUUGAAGAUGAAAAGGUUACGGGGUGAUGAUAUCAAGCCAUAUCAUUGGGAUGCCUUCUACGACUUUUAUCGCAACACUACCGAUAACAAGUGGGGGCAGGCUUACCUUUCUCGGGAGUUUUUCCAUAUGAUGGGAUCACGGAUGGGGGACAAAGUUCUUCUAGUUGUGGCUGAAGAUGGAGGAGAGCUUGUUGGAGGUGCAUUGAACCUGAUUGGCGGUGACACACUAUAUGGGCGUAACUGGGGCUGUGCUCCUCGAGUGUAUUAUCCAAGUCUUCAUUUUGAGGCUUGCUAUUAUCAGGCCAUUGAAGCGGCCAUCGAGUGGGGCCUGAAGAGAGUGGAGGCAGGAGCACAAGGCGAACAUAAAAUCCAGCGAGGUUACAUCCCCAAAGCAACAUACAGCUGCCAUUACAUAGCUGAUCCCGACUUUCGACGAGCAAUAGAAAGCUUCCUCAACCAAGAAACUCUUCAAAUGAGACUCGCUCUGGAGCUGCUUGAAGAAACUAGUCCUUUCAAGGAAGGAAUUCUUGGAACUUCUGAUGGUUAGCCUUUUACGUGCGAAUUUCGCUACCUCUUGUAAAUAUCAGUUGCCUUCUGUCGAUGUUUCAUCUGUAAAUUGUGAAUCCAAGGUAUUCGAUCUAAACAGUACUUUCUUAAUUGGAAAAUUAUCAAAAGUUCGUAGAAUCUUUCUGAUGUCAAAUCACUUUCGAGUCCUUGAAAUUGGGAAAAGUCUGUGUCAGCUGGAGUAUUCCUCAAUAAUUGUCAAGUUCAGACUCAGAUUUGUUCUUCCGAGCAUAUGGUUCUAGAACGUCUUGUCCUUUGUAUAAAGCAGGAUGUGAUGAAUACGACAGAGCGGAUCAAGAGAGCUAUAGUUGUUGUCUUGAUGUUCUGACACGGAGUGGAGU